CAACAUUUUGCCGUGUCUAGUUUUAAGCAAUAUUUAUUAUGUUUUUAUAACUAGAACAUCAUAUUUCUAAGAAAAUAAUGAAUAUACUAUAUAGUACUGUGAUUAAAUGACAUAACUUUAAUAUUAAAAAGUUUCAAUUCAAUGGGUUACCGGCUCACUUGCUCAAAAUGUCUCAUGAUAUGUUUAGGAGCAACAUUUAUCAUUGGAUGCUAUUUAGCAUCUUUUCCAAUUAAUUCCGACUAUCCAGCAUUGCCUAAACCUAUUAAAUAUCAAGUAGGUUCAAACAAUUGGCACAAAAAACGCUUAGCUGUACUAGUGCCAUUCAGAGAUCGUUUCGAAGAGCUACUGGAGUUUGUGCCACACAUGUACAAUUUCUUAAACAAGCAGAAGAUACCAUUUCAUAUAUUCAUCAUUCAGCAAAAAGAUAGUAAUCGUUUCAACAGAGCAUCACUUAUAAAUGUAGGAUUUCUUUUUACAAAGAAUGAUUUCGACUACAUUGCAAUGCAUGAUGUUGACCUAUUGCCAAUGAAUGAUAAUUUAAAAUAUGAUUAUCCUGAGAAUGGACCAUGUCACAUAUCAUCUCCAAAAACACACCCAAAAUACCAUUAUGACACAUUUAUAGGAGGUAUUUUAUUAAUAAAAAAUGAACAUUAUGAAUUAGUGAAGGGAAUGUCAAAUAAUUAUUGGGGAUGGGGAUUGGAAGAUGAUGAAUUUUAUGUGAGAUUAAAAGAUGCUGGAUUGAUUGUGAGGAGACCAGAAAACAUUGAUACAGGACCUAAGGAUACUUUUAAGCACAUACAUGAUAAAACAUAUCGCAGACGUGACAUGCGUAAAUGCUACAAUCAGCGUGAGGUAACCCGACGCCGCGACAGAGUCACAGGAGUUCACGACGUCGCCUACAAGCUGUGGGGUAGACACAAUGUGACAAUAGAUAGCCUGCCCAUCACAGUAUUAAAUGUAGAGUUGUUAUGUAAUAAAUCUCUAACACCAUGGUGUCAAUGCCCGGACCCAGUAAAAGCGAAAACUAAUUAAAUUGAACUGAAAUAAACACCUUACAAUACUCUCGAUAUGAUGCACAUCCUGUGAUAAAACUUAGCAAUUGGGUAAUCUUUAAAUCACCUCAAACAAUAUUUUUUUCUAAAUAUACUGAACUGACUUAAAACAUAACAUUAAUGUAGGUAAUCAUUAUUGUAGUUAAGACUGAGAUUAUAUAAUUAAAUAAAACAGUACUAAUGUUUAAAUUGAUCAAAACGGAUAAGGAAACAGUCUAAGGAUAGUUAUUUUCUUCCUGUUUUGUCAAUCACAAAUCUGUCUCUUUAACAUGUUAAAUACAUAUUUAAAAGGGAAUGUGUAGAAUGCCUAAUGUGCCUAUUAACUCUAUUUAUUACAUAUUUCCCUAAAUACAAUAGAUACAACAAAACAAUAGAUUCAGUAAUUAUAGUCCAUUAUGAAGUAUUCCCGCAAAAUGCAAUUUUUAAAUAUACACAUCAAAAUGUUCGUUCAUAGACACUAAGUGGCAGUUUCUAUGCAAAUUUAUAACCAGAAUUUAUAAAUAGUACAUGACAGUUGUAAGCAAUACUAGUCAAUAAUUUCAUUGUAAGUCUUAACUGUGGAUUUCAGUGUUUUUACUUUUAGCUGUACUUUUUGUUUCAUGGAGAGUUGUUUCUUAUAAACUGCUAGUCGAAGGAGAAGUCGUAUUCUGAUUUUAUAGUUUGAUGCGCGACGUUUUGUAUAGCAAUAACAUAUUCUGGUAUAGCCUUUGGCAAUAAUAAACACUAAGAUAUUUUUUUUAAAUUUCGAGAAUGUAUUUCGAAUUU